AUGAAUCCGACAGUGUAUCAAUUCCAGAUCCCAAGUUACGGUGUAUCUUAUGACAAUAUUCUGGCAGAAAUUCAUCUUAACAGUCAACACAAUUGCCACACCAGCCCACAAUUCAACACGUAUAACUGCCAAGGGUUGAAUUCAAACCAGCAAGAGCAGACUGUCUGUAACCAAUCAUCAAACUUACUCUAUGGCUAUUCACCACCUCUUAUACCUACUCAAAAAGCUACCCAAACAUCUUCUUUUUUCCCAGAUGUCAACUUUGAGCUUAACAAUGAUGAGGCUCUGUGCAACACCACGUCAAUCCAGCACAUUCUGUCUAUUAAUCGUGUAACUUUAGACAAGUGCCCUUUUUGUUCAUACAAGGUUAAUAUCCAGAAAAUAUAUAAUCAAAUGUCACCAUCCCACCCCACAAAUGAGAAAACAUUAUAUCAUAUUAUGGAUCAAUUCAAUCAGCAUGACUGUCCGGCUCAAGCUCAAUACAAGGCUAAACAUAUAAUCCAGUCAGAAUUGUGUGCCCAUUCAACUUCUAAAGUCGUACCUAGCAUUCUCAAGCCUCAACAGUUCGUCUUUUUUAAUACUUUCCUUGAAAGCUUCACUAGAAAGCAUCCUAAAAGACCUCGUACUCGCCGAACUUGCAAUACCUCUAGUCAAUAUGAUCUGAAUAUCGGCAGAAACGAGAUAAAUAAUGUUUUCCCUGUUGUAUUGCUACCCUCGGGCAGUACCCCAGUACUUAGCAACCUCCGUACCUCAGCCUACGCCAAGGUACGAAUGCCGACAUCAAUCUCUGCAAGACACUUUCUUCGACAAAGUAACCCAGCCACCGUUAAUUCCACCCAAAUACGAAUUCAUUCCUUUAUAGACCGCCGUUGGCUUACAGAUAGACGAGCUAUCCGGUCAAUUUAA